AUGAAGGAGCAGCCAGUGGCCAAACCCCUGGGGCAGAUGGAGGGGCAGAAACCAGGGUCCAAAGCUGCAGCUGUCCUAGCUUGGUCCUUGCUGUCUUCUGUCGUCCAAGCCAGCAGGGCCAGGGUCCCCCAGGGCUCCCCAGCGAUGCCGCUGCUGGAGGACGUGGUCCUGGAGAACAUCAGCUGGGUUGGUGAGGAAGCCCAGGGCAACGAGUCCUCGGAACACGCGUUUUUCUCUCUGGAUUAUCAGCAUGUUCAAGUCCCCUUUGAAAUCACUCUCUGGAUCAUGCUGGCGUCCUUGGCCAAAAUAGGUUUUCAUCUAUACAACAAGCUGCCUUCUGUCGUUCCCGAAAGCUGCUUAUUGAUCUUUGUAGGGCUUAUCAUGGGGGGAAUCAUCUAUGGCUUAAACGACAAGUCGCCGCCCGUCAUGGACAGCGACAUCUUUUUCCUCUACCUGCUGCCGCCCAUCGUCCUCGACGCAGGGUACUUCAUGCCCAGCCGUCCCUUUUUUGAGAACAUCGGCACUAUCCUCCUCUACGCGGUCGUGGGGACAAUAUGGAAUGUAUUUGGGAUCGGCUUUUCGCUGUACGGGAUCUGCCAGGUGAAAGCCUUUCACCUCCAGGAUGUGUCAUUGCUCCACAACCUCCUCUUCGGCAGCCUGAUCGCCGCUGUGGAUCCCGUGGCCGUGUUGGCGGUGUUUGAAGAGAUACACGUCAAUGAAAAACUGCACAUUUUGGUCUUUGGAGAAUCGCUCCUGAACGAUGCAGUGACGGUGGUGCUCUACAAGCUAUUUCGAUCUUUCUGUGAAAUGCCAGCUAUCAAAAGUGUGGAUGUUUUUGCUGGAGUUGGACAAUUCUUUGUGGUUGGGCUAGGAGGAGUUUUAGUAGGUCUUAUUUUUGGGAUGACUGCCGCCUUUACCACGCGAUUCACCAAGGAUAUCCGUGUCAUAGAACCACUCUUUGUCUUCCUGUACAGCUACCUUUCCUACCUCACCGCUGAAAUGUUUCACCUUUCAGGGAUCGUGGCCAUCAUUGCUUGUUCCAUGGGCAUGAAACGUUACGUGGAAGCAAACAUCUCUCUGAAGUCUCACACCACAGUCAAAUAUUUCAUGAAGAUGUGGAGCAGCGUUAGUGAUACCCUCAUCUUCAUCUUUCUUGGAGUUUCCACCAUUGGCGAAAAUCAUGAGUGGAACUGGCCGUACAUUUGCUUUACUGUCAUCUUCUGUCUCGUUUGGAGAGCACUAGGGGUUCUCGUGCUGACUUUCUUUGUGAACAGGUUUCAUGUGAACACCAUCACCAGCAAAGACCAGUUCAUUAUAGCCUACGGGGGUCUCCGAGGAGCCAUUUGUUUCUCUUUGGUUUUCUUGCUUCCUGACUUUCGCAGAAAGAAGCUCUUCAUUGCAGCAACAACUGUUGUCAUCCUCUUCACCGUGUUCAUACAGGGAAUGACCAUCCGUCCUCUUGUUGACUUGUUGGCUGUCAAAAGGAAACGAGAGAGUGCUCCCACAGUGGGAGAGCAGAUCCACAUUCGGUUCUUGGAUCAUUUGCUGGCUGGCAUUGAAGAUAUAUCUGGACACUGGGGACAGUAUUACUGGAAAGACAAAUUAGAAUAUUUCAACAGCAAAUACCUGCAGAAGAUCCUGCUUCGAGAAUAUGACCAGCCGAAAUCCAGUAUUGUGCUUCUCUAUGAAAAGCUGGAGCGGAAACAUGCCAUCGAGCUGGCAGAAGCCGGGCAGCUGGGCCAUGCCCCGUCUCAUCCCUCCUUGCUCAACAACGACAGGACUGUCAUAACAGACAAAAAGUUGGAGGAUGCCGUGAAUCCGGACGUCCUGGAAAAUAUACAGGAAAUAUUGGCAAGGAACCUGUACCGAAUAAGGAGAACGGGACCGGCGUACAGCAGGCACACCCUGCCUGGAGACACCGAGCCCGGGGAACAUCCCAAGGAGAUCCUAAUCCUCCGGCACAAGAGCCUGCGGGUGGAAGUGAGCGGAGGAGACAUGACCAUCUCCAGGACGGAGAAGGAUGAUUCCUACUCGGCGCAGGGUGACUCCAGCCCACAGCCCAAGCUGUGCCGCUCCUUCACCGUGGGGAAUGCAGAAAAGGUUCGGGAAGUGGAACGGGCCCGCUCGAAGUCGGUGUGUGUCAUCCCACCACCCCAGCCCCGCGAUACGGCCAGGGGUGAGAAGAAAGAAACGGAGAAAGAACUGACUUUGGAGAUGUAAAGGCACAGAUGAUGACACUGGUGUCCCAUGAGGGAUCGGACUCUGUUGCGUGGAUGGCUACUAUGCGUGUAGAUAAUGUAAAUAAGAUGAGUAUUGAAAGGACUGUGUGGACAGGGCAAAAUAUCCUGAGCAGUCUGCAUCAAAGCAUGAACUCUCAUUGCACGAUGUGGAGUUUUUAAAGGGAACCAGGGGAAAUGACGCGGAGCUGAGCACUAACGGUGCAAGGUAACAUCUGUCACAAAAUCGGUUUGUUCAGCCUGGGAAAACUGGUGGAACUGUCUGCAGCUGCAAGAAAGGAUGUUUUAAUAUCAGAUUCUCUCAUUAGUCAGCAGGAAUAGACUAAACAGCAGGAAGAGUUUAGAUUAUGUGUUAGGAAAAACUUUAUCAUCUCCAGGAGAGUUUUCCACCAGGAAAGAGCAAAAGAUCUCUUCUGCUCCUCAGGGUCCUGACUAUGAACAUUAAUGACGUGGAGUCCAAAGUUAAAUCAUAUAGUUAAAUAAGACAUUAUGUCACCCCUUUUGCAGAGCAGGUGCAGGUAAACCCCAGGGAUAGGACCGGAGGAAGACAGAUCCCUCCACAUUUCGGUAAUUUCCUUUGAAACUCCAGGUAAGUGUUCAAGCCUUCAGAUUCUUGUCCUUAGCUGAACCUAAUAGGCUAAAUUUUACUAUUGUAAACAUCAGCAUUUUUCUUUCUCUUCCCUUUCCUCUGAAUUAAAGGAUCCAAGAGUAUUUAAUCUGAACAAGUGGCUUUUUCUGAAUGAGAAAUAAAAUAAACUGUAGGAAUUCACACACUCCAUGAUGCUUUUUGACUUCCAGAGCCAAUCUGUUGCGUGCAGAAAUACUCCAUUAGGAGACCACUGCUUAGUACACUGGGGAUUUUGUUUUAAUUUAUUUAUUUUAAAAUUUAUUUAUUUAAUUAAUUUAAAUUUAUUUAAAUAAAUUAAUUUAAAAUUUAUUUAUUUAAUUAAUUUAUUUUAAAAUUGUGUAUAUUUGCUUGGCAAAGCUGUGGAGGUCUCAUUUUCGUUCGAACAAGCUCCUUUACGGUGUCCUGACAUAAGCUGAUGUAGUUAACUUUGACUUGAAAGCUACUCUUGACUGCCCCAUUGCUGGAAAUUCACCUCAUUGCAAAUGAAAAUUGGACCUUUUAGCAUUAUAUGUGUAUUUCAUGUGUGUAUAUACAUAUAUAUACAUAUUUAUUGAUUUUCUUAUAAGUCCACUGUCAUCUUCAGGACCUUAUUAAAAUUUUUGUUUGUGUCUUCGUUUAAUCCAUCUUGUGUGGGAGUCACAUGAAUUUAUCUACACUUUGUUUAGAAAACCGUCCAUCUUUGAAGAUGAUGUCAUAUACAUGUACUACAUUUCUAUCUCAAUUAAAUAUGCUGUGUUAUGAAGUUAUCUAAGAGUUAUUGCCUCCCUGCAUCCACAACACGCUCCUGAUGAUGUCAGCAGUAGUGGGUGACACGCUAUCUCCUCGGUUGUCUGGGUUAAUGUCCACAAUGUUUAACUUUUCUCCUGAGGUUCUGGACAGUAAAUAGCUACAGAAAGAUUUACUAACAUGAGUCCUUUUUAUUCUGUGACUGGACAGCAAAAAGAAGAAGAAAUCACGUUGCUUGCCAAGGAGGUUUUAAUCAAGUUUAUUUUAAUCAGGGAUAGAAAUUUUGUGAAUCCCUUGGCCAAUUCUUGCUUAUGUUUGUUGUGGGUAUAUUUUUUUUCUUUUUUUUUUUUUUUUUUUUUUCCUUCUGGCUUCUGAACUGUCUUGCUUUUGUCAAAAGUAUCUGAACGUCUGUACUGUUUUUGCCUUGUACAACAUCGUGCUUUGGGCAUUGGGUACUUCAGUAAUGAUCUUUUAGUGUCUGAGUUGCCCGUGACAUAAAAUGAGUUCUUUGUGAUAUUUUUAUUGGGCAUUAUCAAAUGGUGGCUUUUUCUUUGCACGUGUUGAUUUCUUUGUAAUGCUGUAGUAGGCAGCAGAAAUAAUUGGAAAAAUGAAGACAGAAAAUUGAACUGAAAUUUUAUCUGAUGUGAAAAAAAAAGAAAAAAAAAUUUUUGCUUGCAUUCUUUUUUGAAAUGGUAUGUUUUUUAUCUCACUUUAACCCAACAAGAGACAUAUAGAUGCCAGGAUCUCCCAGCUUCUAGCACUUCCAGAUGCUGCUGGGCUCCGGGUGCGCAGCUUGUGGCAGCAUGGAGGCUGCAGCCAGGUCCUGCCACGCUGGUGGCUCCAUCCAUCCCCACGUCCCUGUGCAUGUACCCCGGUCUGACCCUGCGCAGAUCCCAACCCAUUAAUCCCUUUCUACUCUACCAUAACUACCUCCCCGAUGUAUUAACAAUUUGCUUGAUCUG